UCAAAGUUUAACACCCACUAUCCUUUUCGAAGCCCGGUUGCCAGAGUAACAGGACGAGGCCUAUUUUUUCUCUCUCAGAAGCCCUGGAUUAAUUUAUCGCGAUGUGGAGCCGGGCUUCGCGCGUUGCAGUGGCGGACCUGGUGCCUGCGUACUCGGACUGCCGCGUCCUCCAUGUCACCGCUGGCCGGUUGGUUCGGGCCCAGCGGCCGAAGGAGAGGCCGGAGGCCGUGGAGAUCCCCGGGCUGGAGCCCAUCACCUUCAGGGACAGGAUGCAUUUCGUGCCGGGCUUGGCUGAGCCCAAACAUCCCGCCUGGGAACGCGAGUGGGUGGAUCCCCUCCACCGGCGGGGCCCCAAGUACGAGGAGAUGCCGCUGUACAAGGAGAGACCAUGUUACACCUUCCACCAGAGAACCAAACUGCUGGAGGGUGUUAAACAAGCUCUUUGGCUGACCAAGUCUAAAUUGAUAGAUGGCCUCCCUAAGCAGAUAUUAAGCAUAGCUGAAGAUCCUGCAUAUCGCAUUGAAAAUCAGGAUGAGCGUGUUAAGGCAGCUAUCAGCCAUGCUCGCUUUUGGAGUGCUCCUGAAAUUCGUCCCAAAAGAGCUCGGUUUUGCCCUGUGCUGAUGCAGGACCUCCUACACUUGUGCAGAAUCCAGCAGCCACAAUUCCCCACCCUGGGAAGCAGGAUGUUAGCUGAAAACUACCGCGUAUCGGCAACAUGGGAGAGAGAGACUGACAUAUACCGGGUAUGUGGUUUGAGUGGAAUGCUCCUGAGUAGUAAGCACCCUUUACCAGCAAUGGCAGGAGAAGAAGAGAUAUUAAGCACAGAAAAGCAUACCCUCCCAACGUUCUAUCCUAUUUCACCUAAUAUUGACCUGCAGCUUACCAAUGUCUAUGAAUUACUUAAUGACACAGGUUUCCGUAAUGGGUACCCUUUUCCUCAUGCUCACACCCUAUAUAUUAUGGAAUCCUCCGUUAUCGCAAAGUCAUUCAAACCAGAACCAUUGAGGGCCAAGAUGAUUAUGUUCACAUUUGCCGAUGCACUGGCACGAGCCAAGAUGUUAUACGGUGAAGAACCAAAAGUGUUACACAAUCCUAUCACAGUACAAUGUGUUGCCACAAAUGGAAGGCAGUUCCAAUUUCUGGUUUUCCAACUAAAUACCACAGAUCUACAAUCAAAUGAUGGGGUGAAAAAUUUAAUUUGGUUGGAUCAAGACCAGUUCCUGUAUGACUAUGCAAAGUGCCUCCCCAUCAUCAAAAAGAAAGUAAUCCAGGUGCCUGAUGGGCUGUCAGGAUAUUGUCCAGAGACAUUCAGUAAAUUCCUUGCCUUGUACUUGCAUGGAGCUGUAUAGAAUCACAAGUAACUUGUAUGAAGAAUUGUUACCCCAAAGUGUCUGGAAAACGAGGAUGAUGGAUGGAAACGAGAAGGAAUAGACUAUAAACUGAAGAACAAGGCAUGUGGCCAUUUGCAAGAUCGUCAUUUCCUGGUCUUUGAAUUGGAGAUAGAAUAUCAUGUUGGGAAGACUGAAUUUGUUAACAAUGUUAGUUUAAAAUGCUCUUCUGUCACAAUGCCCAGUUAAAACUUGAAAGCAACUGUACUACAGCUGUACUAUAGCUGUGAUGCAUUGUCGCCCAAUGUAUCCCUUUUAUUCCACUUUGCAAGUAAAAUUAUAUUUUUUAAUUGCA